AUGCACUCUUGUCAAUGUACAUUUUGUAAGAGUGAUAAAUCCGAUGUUGAUAAAACACUUAGUUGUGCACUAAGAUAUGGUGCAUUCUAUAAGGUACCAGUAUCAUUCUGUCCAAUAUGUUUCGAUGAACUGCAACCAGCAACUACACUCAAAGAUCAUGCGCAGGUUUGUUCGGCGUUGGGUCUGCGUUGUCCGCUAUGUAGAGAGGUCAUAAAGGAGCUUCCAACCAUACAUCUGUAUCGUUGUCUUCACCAACAGUGCUCGACACUCCCAAAUUGUGGAUAUCGAGAUUGUAAACAAUCAAACUCUUCGAACAUUAGUAAUAACAGUAUGCAACCACAACAAUCACAACAACAACAACAACCACCACCACAACAACAACAACAACAACAUCAAAUGCCACAACAUCUUAUUCCACAGCCAAACAAAACACAGCAACAACAGCAACAACCACAAAUGCCAUCCUUAUCAAACCUACCGAAUAUGAAUAUCAUGCCAAAUUUACCAAAUAUAUCUAAUAUGCCAAAUAUGAAUGUACCAAAUACACCAAGUAUGACACAACAACUAUUAUCACCACCACCACCACCACAGCAACAACAACAACAACAACAGCAACAACAGCAACAGCAACAACAACAACAACAGCAGCAGCAGCAACAUUCAAAACUUGAUAAUGGUGGAGCAGCAACUUCUCUGAGAGAGAUUUUUAAUCCUAUGCCAAUGCCAAAUGGAUCGAUGAAUCCAAUGGAUCAAAUGCAAUUCCAACCUCCACAACAAAUGCAACCUCCACAACAAAUGCAGCCACCUCUAUCACAGUUACCACUACAGCAACCUCCACAACAAACACCUAUGCCAUUCCUACAGGAGAUGAUCGAUUCAAUGCCAACACCUAGCAUGUCAGGUCCUCUAUCCAAUCAACUGAUCCCACUUCCAGAAACAAGUCCAUUCUACAAUAGUUUUAAUCAGCUAGAUAUGCAACUCCGACAACAAAUUCAAUUACAACAACAACAACAACAACAACAACAACAACAACAACAAUUAAACGGAAACAGUAAAGAUAAAGAUAGAGCAGACAAUCGCGGUGAAAGAGUCAGAGAAAGCAGAAGUAGAGAUAGCAGGGAUCUUGAACGUGAGCGUGAUCGUGAAAAAGAAAGAGAACGUGAGCGUGAGAAAGAUAGAGAUCGUGAAAGAGCUAGAGAUCACCGUGAUCACAGAGAUAGAGAUAGAGACAGAGAUAGAGAUAACGACAGAGAUAGAGACAGAGACAGAGAUAGAGACUACAGAGAUAGAUCAAGAGACAGAGAUAAUAGAGAAAGUAGAGACAGAAGAGAUAAAAGAGAUAGAGAUGACAGAAGUGAUGAUGACUAUGAUGAUUCAAGAGGCGGUGGUUUCAGAGGUAGAGGAAGAGGUGGUCGAAAAAUCAGAGGUGGUGCUUUCGGUCGAGGAAGAAUCGUCACACAUUCUUAA